UGUAUAAAAAUAAGACUUCAACCAAUCAGCUCAUCAGCAUAUACGGUCCGUCAGGUGGUGACAAAAUGAAAUAAAACCCCAGAAAAACGAAGUGACGAGAUUAGUUUGCGGGGAGUACUUCUAGUCAUGUACCCAACACUUGGAGUUCUAAGGUUGUUUUCUCUAAUCAGAAAGCUUGACUUGGAAAAUUUGCUGAUCGGCUAUCAACGUGUGGAGACACUUAAAACAUUUUCUGGACAAACCAUCUUGGUCAAACGUUGAAUUUGUUCGAAGGCAAAGGCUUCCAUGCGCAAUCGAGACAGUGACAUCAGCAUUGCAGAACAAUGUUCACAGACAAGAUGUGGUCGUACAUCUCAGGAUCAAAAACGGAAGACAGUGACAAAGAGAUUUCCAUGUCUACACUUGGACGGAACAUGGAAGUCGGCAUGCUGUACGAUUGCUGCACGGACCGUCCAAUAUUAGGGGAGUUUCCCUGGAGUAGAGAGGAGCUGAAAGUAGCCGAAUUAAGUGAACCCUCAACAAGCUUAGUCUUUAUCAUGGAGGACGAAGCAAAUGAUACUAAAAAGGUGAAUUAUUUUGAAGCAGAUGCUUCCCUUCAGGCUAGCAUUUUAUCAGGACUUGUUACUUUGGGCGGCGCAGCUAAAUACUUAAAUGACAGCACCAAAAUGUCAAAUUUGCGCAGGCGUGUUGUGACGUUGCACUACGAGAUAACCACCAAACAAACAAAAAUAUCAAUCACAGAUUUAACGUCACCUAAUGUGCGCAACCCCAAUGCAACACACGUAGUAACAAGUGUUACUUAUGGUGUCACUGUGUUCCUUGUCUUUUAUGAGGAAUCUGCAAUCACGAAAGACAGCCAUAAAAACAAUCUCAGUUUGAAGGCAAAUUUGAAAGUUGCAAUCGCUGAGGGAAUUGGAAACGAGGCGUCUGUAGAGAGUGCCAAAAAUGAGAGAGCAAAUUUAGCCGAUAGGCAGUUCGGCUGUACGCUGUACGGGGAUUUCACUUCAGAACUUCAUCCAUCAAAUUAUAAGCAGGCUUUAAAGUUCUGUCGCGAGCUGCCUAAACUAUGCGAAACAAAUCCAGUUUCAGUUCGGGUAACUGUCACUCCCCUAUCUUUUUUCCAGGGCAAACACACUUCAGUCUUCAAAGAAAUUGAUCAUAACUUGUUGUCAGAAUUCGUUAACAACAUGAGUGAGCUUGAACGGAUGAGUGAAAAAUGCCAAACCCUUAUGCAGCACACGGCAUGCGAACAAUUCCCGAGUUACAGCAAGCUCAUUCAUAAGUACUAUCAGCAGAUCGUUUGGUUCACAGAAACAUUCAAAAAAAGCGUGGCGCGAAUCCUUCCUGAAAUCAGACGCAGCGGUGAUGACAAAACACUGCAAGAUGUAGUUACGAGCAAGUCUCCGUUUACGUAUGAUUUAUUGAAUUGUUGGAUAAACUGCAGAGAGAAAGAGUUACGGGAUUUGGAAGGUUUGCUGGAAAACCUACCAGGAAUAAAGGUCAUUGAAACACUGGAGGAGUUUAAGUAUGCAAUAAAUGACCCCGAGAAAGAAAACGUAGUAUGCUUUGCACUCCCUCCUAUCCUUUCUACAGCAGAAACAUACCUCAAUACACUCAAGAGUUACAGGAAAAACCCUUGUCAUGUCGAUCACAACUCGCAAGACAAUACUGAUCAUGUCGAUCACAACUUAAUUGACAAUACUGAUCAUGUCGAUCACUUGCAAGACAAUAAUGAUCAAGUCGAUAACGAAUCGCUAGAUAGUACUGAUCAUGUCGAUCACAACUUGCAAGACAAUAAUGAUCAAGUCGAUAACGAAUCGCUAGAUAGUACUGAUCAGGUCUAUUACGACUCAAAUGACAAUACUGAUCAUGAUGUCGAUUCACUUUUGCAAGGUAAUACUGAUCAAGUCGACAACAACUUCCAAGACAAAGGUUUUGGUUGGUUCGCAUUGGAUUUCAAAAGAAACGCUUUCGGGUUUUAUAAUGAAAACCGCGGAGUACAAAAUAAUAAAACAUCUUUCGUGGUCACAAGCUUCAAACACAAGGACGUUGAGACACACAAGAAUGGAUCUGUCUUAUUGUUUAGCGGUGGGAAAUGCAAGACAGAGCACUUUACACCACCAGGGGGACCAGUGAUUUUAAACUAUGGGGCUAAGGGGGAGUACUUCAAAUUCUCUCUGUCUUGGGAAAACGCUGAACCAUCAGAAUACAAAAUAAAAGGAUACAAAGUAACAUACACAAGUACAUCCUCCAAUGAAGGUGAGACCAAAGAAGAACAAUAUGGGGAAGAAUUCACAACAAAGACAAGACACACCAUUUAUGGUUUAUCAAGAAACACAACCUAUGAGUUCCAAGUGUUCACCGUUUAUCCAGCUUGGACUAGCAUGGGGAGUGAAAAACUCUUGUACUCAACAAAGAGCAAUUUGGUGUGCACUGUGAUGUAAUUAAGGGGCCCAAUCGGAACAAUCAAACAACCCUUCUCAACUGAGAUGAAAAACACACUUAAAGGCAGUGGACACUAUUGGUAAUUGUCAAAGACUAGCCUUCACAUUUUGGUGUAUCUCAACAUA